GUCCCCUCCCUCCUGCCCACUCGCCUCCUGCUCUCGCCGUCUGGACCCGGAGCCUCCCCGGGACGUGUCCGGCAAGGGCGCCCCGCGCGCACUAGAAGCCAGGACAUCAGGGCGCACAGGUGCUGCCGAGAUGUUCCGAGGCCCCCGCGCCACCCUCCUGCUCUGGGGGCUCCUGGGGACGCUCCGCGCCCAGCAGCAGGAGGCCGUCGCACCCGGCACCUCCGAGAGAAACAGCUGCCCAGAGAAGGCCGACUGCCCCGUCAACGUGUACUUCGUGCUGGACACGUCGGAGAGCGUCACCAUGCAGUCCCCCACCGACAGCCUCCUGUACCACAUGCAGCAGUUCGUGCCGCAGUUCAUCAGCCAGCUGCAGGACGAGCUGUACCUGGACCAGGUGGCCCUCAGCUGGCGCUACGGCGGCCUGCACUUCUCCGACCAGGUGGAGGUGUUCAGCCCUCCGGGCAGCGACCGGGCGUCCUUCACCAAGAGCCUGCAGGCCAUCCGCUCCUUCCGCCGCGGCACGUUCACCGACUGCGCGCUGAGCAACAUGACCAGGGAGGUCCGGCAGCACGGGGCCCAGGGCGCGGUCCACUUCGCGGUGGUCAUCACCGACGGCCACGUCACCGGCAGCCCGUGCGGCGGCAUCAAGCUGCAGGCCGAGCGGGCGCGCGAGGAGGGCAUCCGGCUCUUCGCCGUGUCCCCCAACCGGAACCUGAACGAGCAGGGCCUGCGCGACAUCGCCAGCACCCCGCUGGAGCUCUACCGCAGCAACUACGCCACCAUGCGGCCCGACUCCACCGAGAUCGACCAGGACACCAUCAACCGCAUCAUCAAGGUCAUGAAACACGAGGCCUAUGGAGAGUGCUACAAAGUGAGCUGUCUGGAGAUCCCUGGGCCUCUGGGCCUCAAAGGCUACCGUGGACAGAAGGGUGCCAAGGGCAACAUGGGUGAGCCCGGAGAGCCUGGACAGAAGGGGCAACAGGGAGAUCCAGGCAUCGAAGGCCCCAUCGGAUUCCCAGGACCCAAGGGCGCCUCUGGCUUAGCUGGCAAGAACGGGACUGACGGACAGAAGGGCAAGCUGGGGCGCAUCGGACCUCCUGGCUGCAAGGGAGACCCUGGGAGUCGGGGUCCUGACGGCUAUCCAGGGGACGCAGGCAGCCUUGGGGAGCCUGGAGACCAAGGCGCCAAGGGGGAUGCUGGCCGCCCAGGACGCAGAGGGCCCCCAGGAGACAACGGGGCCAAAGGAAGCAAGGGCUAUCAAGGCAACAACGGAGCCCCAGGAAGUGCUGGCAUGAAAGGAGCCAAAGGUGGACCUGGACCCCGGGGACCCAAAGGAGAGCCUGGGCGCAGGGGAGACCCCGGAACCAAGGGCAGCCCAGGCAGCGCGGGCCCCAAAGGUGAGAAGGGGGACCCUGGCCUCGAGGGCUCCCGGGGCCUGGCCGGGGAGGUUGGUGGCAAAGGCUCUAAGGGAGACCGAGGCAUGCCUGGACCCAGAGGUCCCCAGGGGGCUCUCGGGGAGCCCGGGAAGCAGGGAUCUCGGGGAGACCCUGGUGAUGCUGGUCCCCGUGGAGACUCGGGACAGCCUGGCCCCAAGGGAGACCCCGGCAGGCCUGGGUUCAGCUACCCAGGACCCCGAGGCGUGCCUGGAGAGAAAGGCGAGCCAGGACUGCGCGGCCCCGAGGGGGGCAGAGGCGACUUCGGUGUGAAAGGAGCACCUGGGCGGAAAGGAGAGAAGGGCGAGCCUGCAGAUCCUGGUCCCCAUGGUGAGCCAGGCCCUCGGGGGCCAAGAGGAGCCCCAGGACCCCAGGGAGAGCCCGGCCCCCCUGGAGACCCCGGCCUCACGGAGUGUGAUGUCAUGACCUACGUCCGGGAGACGUGCGGGUGCUGUGACUGCGAGAAGCGGUGUGGUGCCCUGGACGUAGUGUUUGUCAUCGACAGCUCUGAGAGCAUAGGCUACACCAACUUCACGCUGGAGAAGAACUUCGUUAUCAACGUGGUCAACAGACUGGGGGCCAUCGCCAAGGACCCCAAGUCCGAGACGGGGACCCGCGUCGGUGUCGUGCAGUACAGCCACGAGGGCACCUUCGAGGCCAUCCAGCUGGACGAUGAGCGCAUCGACUCGCUGUCCAGCUUCAAGGAGGCUGUCAAGAACCUCGAGUGGAUCGCAGGCGGCACCUGGACACCCUCGGCCCUCAAGUUCGCCUAUGACCAGCUCAUCAAGGAGAGCCGGAGGAAGAAGACCCGCGUGUUUGCAGUGGUCAUCACAGAUGGCCGCCACGACCCCCGGGAUGACGACCUGAACCUGCGGGCGCUGUGCAACCACGAGGUCACUGUGACAGCCAUUGGCAUCGGGGACAUGUUCCACGAGAAACACGAGAGCGAGAACCUCAACUCCAUCGCCUGCGACAAGCCCCAACAGGUGCGCAACAUGACGCUCUUCUCCGACCUGGUGGCCGAGAAGUUCAUCGACGACAUGGAGGACGUCCUGUGCCCGGACCCCCAGAUCGUGUGCCCAGACCUUCCCUGCCAAACAGAGCUGUACGUGGCCCAGUGCACACAGCGGCCUGUGGACAUCGUCUUCCUGCUGGAUGGCUCCGAGCGACUGGGUGAGCAGAACUUUUAUAAGGCCCGGCGCUUCGUGGAGGAGGUGUCCCAGCGGCUGACACUCGCACGCAGAGAUGAUGACCCACUCAAUGCACGUGUGGCCCUGCUGCAGUAUGGGGGCCCGAACGAGCAGCAGGUGGCCUUCCCGCUGACCUACAACCUGACGGUCAUCCAGGAGGCGCUGGAGAGCACGAGCUACCUCAACUCUUUCUCACACGUGAGCUCGGGCAUCGUGCAUGCCAUCAACAGAGUGGUGCUUGGCACGCAGCCCGGGGCGCGCCGCCAUGCUGAGCUGGCCUUUGUGUUCCUCACGGACGGCGUCACGGGCAACCACAGCCUGGACGAGGCGGUGCACUCCAUGCGCAAGCAGAACGUGGUGCCUACCGUGGUGGCCGUGGGCGACGACGUGGACAUGGAGAUGCUCUCUAAGAUCAGUCUGGGCGACACAGCUGCCAUCUUCCGCGAGAAGGACUACGACAGCCUGGCUCAGCCCAGCUUCUUCGACAGGUUCAUCCGCUGGAUCUGCUAGCACCCCCAUCCGGUCCCGGCUCACGCCCAGCCCCACAGGCGUUGUCCUCCGGUCCGUGGUGCUACUCGGACCCCACCAAGAGAGGUCCAGCGUGCUGCAGACUCGAUCUCUCCAGGUGUGGGUGUGAAGUCAGGCGCGGAGGACCCCCUUCCAUCCCCAGCUCUUCCCGGGGUCCUGCAGCCCUGGGCACUGACGCCCACCACCUUUCCUCCCUAUCCAGCAGCGUCCUGCCCUCCACACCCUCCCCGGACCUCAGAGGCUUCCUGGGGCACACUUCAGACCCUCAUCGAGAGGCCCCUCUUCCCCCUCAGCCCCCUCAGCCCAGCCCUGGACUCUCUUUUGCCUUCCAGCACCUUCCAAAGGCUCUCUGACAGCCCGCCAGCCCUCCUGGCCUCCCUUCCAGGUCUCUGCCUCACCUCUGGGGGGUCACCUGCCUCCAUCAGACAGAGCUGUGACAGCGGGCCCUGCACGUCCUUGUAUACACACGCCCCAGUCCAAUAAAGGCUUUGAACC